AUGAAGAAACUUCUAACGCUGAAGAAUCUAUUCCUCAUCAUUCUGGUAUUCAUAUUAACCGAGAAAAAAGACGUCCGUUGUAAUAUCAUAAAGGAGAAUAAUAUUAAGAAUGAUGAAGACAAGAGAUUCCACUUAUUUUAUUAUUCCCACAACUUUUUUAAGACACUCGAAACAAAACAAAAAAAGAAGAAGAAGAAGAAGCAAUUAUUUAAAAAUGUUGGAAUUAGUAAUUUAUCUAAAGAAAUAAGUAUAAGAAAGGAAACAUAUGUGACAACAAAACAUAGAACAUGUCCCUUUGAUAAAGAAGAAAGUUCAUUUGAAAUGGGAUCAAGAAAUAUUACAUGUUAUGAUCCUAUCAUAUGGAAGAAAGAAAGGAAAUAUAUGAAUAAGACUGUUAUAAAAAAGAAUGUAAUCAAUGAUCAAUUUGUAUAUAGUGAUAUAGAUAAAGAAUAUAAAAAUGAUAUAAAAAAUGUUGAAGAGAAAAUUGAUAGAGAUAUAUACGAAAAAAAAGAUUAUGAAAAUAAUGAUAAUCUUGUAGUAGGGUAUGAUGAUAAUUUUUUACUAUCUUUUUUAAAAAAAUGUUUGAUGAAAAUAUUUUCCUCACCAAAAAAAAAAAAAACUGUAGUACAAAAAAAACAUAAAUCUAAUUUUUUUAUAAACAGUUCUUUGAAAUAUAUAUAUAUGUAUCUCACCCCCUCUGAUAGUUUUAAUUUAGUACGUAGAAAAAGAAAUUUGGAUGAGGAAGAUAUGUCUUCCAAUGAUAAUUUUGUAAUAGAUGAGGAGGAAGAAGAGGAAGAAGAGGAAGAAGAAGAGGAGGAAGAAGAUGAAGAAGAAGAAUAUGAAGAAGAAUAUGAAGAAGAAUAUGACGAUUAUGUUUAUGAACAAAGUGUGGAUGAAACCGAAGAACCAUUACAACAAUUACAAGAAGAACAACAAAAAGAAGUAGCUGUUGAAGAUUCAGAAGAAAGUUCUAAUGAUGUGGAUGAAGAUUAUGUAGAAGGAGAAGAUGAAGAUAUGAUAAGAGUUGAUGGAUAUUAUGAAGAUCAAUUCAGAGAUACUUAUGAUAGUAAAAUAAAAGAUGAAGGAGAAGAUGAUGCAGUAGAUGAAUAUUUAGAUGAAUAUUCAGAUGUACAUUCAGAUGAAUAUUCAGAUGUACAUUCAGAUGUACAUUCAGAUGUAUAUGAGAAAGAAAGAGAAAACCAAGGUGAAACAUAUUCAGUCGAUGAUGAUGAUGAAGGUGAAGAAAGUUUUACCUAUGAAAAAAGCGAUAUUAGUAAAACCGAUUUGUUUAAGUUUAUAGAAGAUAGUGAAGGAGAUGAUAUAUAUAAAGUUGAUAGUUCUAACGUUUUAUUAGAAGAUGGUACUAGAGUCAGUAAAGUUUCUAGAAAAAGUGCUGAUGUAGAAGGAAGAGAAGAAGAAGAAGAAGAAGAAAGAGAAGAAAGAGAAGGAGAAGAAGGAGAAGAAGAAAGUGUUAUAAAAAUUAUAACAAAUGUAUUACAAAAUAAUGUAUUACCAAGUGAUGGUGCUGACGAGUUCGAUAAAAUCGAUUUGUCUUUUGAAACAACAGAAAGUGGAGAUACUAGCGUAUCAGAAGAUUCAUUUGAUAAAUAUGCAUCUAAUAAUACAAAUAAAGAAUAUGUGUGUGAUUUUACUGAUCAAUUAAAACCAACAGAAAGUACUCCUAAAGUAAAAAAAUGUGAACUAAAAGUAAAUGAGCCAUUAAUAAAAGUAAAAAUUAUAUGCCCAUUAAAAGGAUCUGUAGAAAAAAUAUAUGAUAAUAUAGAAUAUGUUCCUAAAAAAAGUCCAUAUGUUGUAUUAACAAAAGAAGAAACUAAAUUGAAAGAACAUGUUCUAUCUAAACUUAUUUAUGGUUUAAUAAUAUCUCCAACAGUGAAUGAAAAAGAAAAUAAUUUUAAAGAAGGUGUUAUUGAAUUUACAUUGCCACCUAUGGUUAAUAAACCAACCGUAUUUUAUUUUAUAUGUGAUAAUUCUAAAACAGAAGAUGAGAACAAAAAAGGAAAUAGAGGAAUUGUAGAAGUUUCUAUACAACCAUAUGGUAAUAAAAUUAAUGGUUGUGCUUUCUUAGAUGAUGAUGAAGAAGAAGAAAAAUAUGGUGAUCAAGGUGAAGUUGAUGAAAAUAAUGAUAAAAUAAAAUUGAAAAAAUUCUUUACACAGAAUAUUUAUAAAAAAAAUAAUAUCUAUCCAUGUUAUAUGAAAUUAUAUAGUGGAGAUAUAGGUGGUAUCAUGUUUCCAAAAAAUAUAAAAUCAUCAACUUGUUUUGAAGAAAUGAUACCUUAUAAUAAAGAAAUAAAAUGGAAUAAAGAAAAAAAAACUUUAACUAAUUUAAUAAAUAAUUCUGUUGUAUAUAAUAAAGAUAUGAAUGCAAAAUAUUAUAAUGUUCAAUAUGUUCAUAUCCCUACAAGUUAUAAAGACACAUUAAAUUUAUUUUGUAGUAUUAUAUUAAAAGAAGAUGAAAGUAAUUUAAAUUUAAAUUCAAAUUCUUAUUUAGUAUAUGUAAGUAUUAAUGAAGAAUUCAAUUUUUCACUUUUAGAUUUUUAUGAAUCAUUUGUUCCUAUCAAAAAAACAAUACAAGCAGCUCAAAGAAAUCUUAAUAAUAAAGAACAUGAUUAUACAUGUGAUUUCACAGAUAAAUUAGAUAAACCAGUUCCUCCUCUUAUUGAAGGAAAGAAAUUAUUUAUAUGUAGAAAAUAUUUAAAAGAAUUUGAUACUUUUACUUUAAAAUGUAAUGUAAAUAAAACAAAUUAUCCAAAUAUAGAAAUCUUUCCAAAAAAUUUAAAAGAUAAAAAAGAAGUAUUAAAAUUAGAUCUUGAUAUUCAAUAUCAAAUGUUUAGUAAAUUUUUUAAAUUCAAUACACAGAAUUCAAAAUAUUUAAAUUUAUAUCCAUCUUAUCUUAUGUUUCCAUUUAAUCAUAUAGGAAAAAAAGAAUUAAAAAAUAAUCCUAUAUAUAAAAGUCAUAAAGAUAUUAAAUAUUUUGAACAAUCCUCUUUAUUAUCUCCACUUUCUUCAUCAGAUAGCUUAGGCAAAUUAUUAAAUUUUAUAGAUACACAAGAAACGGUUUCUCUUACAGAAAAAAUUAGAUAUUUAAAUAUAACUAUUAAUGAAUUAGAAUCUGAUAAUAAUACUUUUUCUUUAACAUUACAAGUACCACCAUAUAUAGAUAUUAAAGAACCAUUUUAUUUUAUGUUUGGCUGUAAUAAUAAUAAAGGUGAUGGAAAUAUCGGAGUAGUAGAAUUAUUAAUAUCUAAACAUGAAGAAAUCAUUAAAGGAUGUAAUUUUCAUGAUACUAAAUUAGAUUAUUUCAAUAAUAAUGUAUCUAGUUCUAAAGAUGAAUGUACUCUACAUGCAUAUGAAAAUGAUAUAAUAGGAUUUAAUUGCUCAGAAACUAAUAAUGCUUCUGAUGAAGAAGAAGAUGGAGUUGACGUAUCACUACAACCUGAAAAUUGUUUUAAUAAAGUAUAUAAAGGACUUGAAAUCAUUGAUAUCAAUACAUUAUUAAAUAAUGCACAAGUAUAUAAAAUAAAUAAUAAAAAAACACCUGUAUUUUUAAAAAUACCACCAUAUAAUUUAUUAGAAGAUACUAAAUUAAGUUGUAAAUGUACUAUUGAAGGUGUUGUUAAAAAUAUAAAUGUUAUUCUAACAAAAACUGAUACAGUAUUAUUAAAAAGAGAAAUACAAAAUGAAUAUAUAUUAGAUGAUAAAAUAUAUACAUGUGAACAUGAAAAUUUUAUUAAUCCAAGAGUUAAUAGAAUAUUUGAUGAAAAUGUAGAACAUACAUGUAAUGUAAAAAUAGAAAAAUUCUUUAAUUAUAUUCAGAUAUUAUGUCCAGCUAAAGAUCUAGGUAUUUAUAAAGAUAUACAAAUGUAUUAUGAUAUUAUUAAACCUACAAGGGUACCACAAUUUAAAAAAUUUAAUAAUGAAGAACUACAUAAAUUAAUUCCUAACUCUGAAAUGUUACAUAAAACAAAAGAAAUGUUAAUUUUAUAUAAUGAAGAAAAAGUAGAUCUAUUACAUUUCUAUGUAUUUUUUCCAAUAUAUAUAAAAGAUAAUUAUGAAUUCAAUAUUGUAUGCGAUAAUUCCAAAACAACAUGGAAUAAUCAAAUAGGAGGAAAAGUUAUUUAUCAUAUAACUGUUUCAAAAAGAGAACAAAAAGUUAAAGGAUGCUCAUUUAAUGAUGAACAUACAAAUAUGUUUAUUGAUAAUAAAUCUAAUGUUAAAAAUUGUGUUAUUGAUGCUAAUCCUAAAGAUAUUAUAGGUUUUGUUUGUCCAUCAGGUACUCUAAAAAUAACAAGUUGUUUUAAAGAUGCUGUUGUUAAUACAAAUUUAACUAAUAUCAAUCGUAUACUCUAUUUAAAAAAUAAUUUAGCUAAUUUUACAUAUAAACAUUAUUUUAAUUAUAUGGAAGUACCAGCUUUAAUGGAUUAUGAUAUUUCUUUUAAAUGUAUUUGUGUAGAUUUAAAAAAAAAAAAAUAUAAUAUUAAAUCACCAUUAGGACCUAAAGUAUUAAAUGCUAUUUAUAAAAAAUUAAAUAUAAGAUAUGAUAAAUAUGUUACUGGUACUCUUCAAAAUAAAUAUCUUAUGACAUAUAUGGAUCUUCAUUUAUCUAAUAAACGGAAUUAUAUAAAGGAAUUAUUUAAUGAUUUAGAUAAAAAAAAACCAGCUGAUACAGAUGCAAACCCAGAAACUAUUAUCGAAUCUUUAACUAUCAAUGAAUCUAAUGAAUCGACACCAUUUCCAACAGGUGAUGUAGAUGCAGAACAUUUAUUAUUAGAAGGUUAUGAUGUAUGGGAAAAUUUAUAUGAUGAAACAUUAGAAGAUGUUAUAUAUAAAGAUAUCGAAUCUUUAGAAUUAAAAGAUAUUGAACAAUAUGUCUUACAAGUUAAUUUAAAAGCUCCAAAAUUAAUGAUGUCUUCUCAAAUUAAUAAUAAUAGACAUGUAUGUGAUUUCUCAAUGAAAAAUCUAAUCGUACCUGAUUCAUUAAAAAAAAAAAAAGAAGAAGGUGGAAAUAAUCCAAUAAAUAUUCAUUGUUAUGCCUUAUUAAAACCUUUAGAUACAUUAUAUGUUAAAUGUCCUACAUCUAAAGAUAAUUAUGAAGCUGCAAAGGUAAAUAUAUCUGAAAGUGAUAAUGAAUAUGAGUUACAAGUUAUUUCAUUGAUAGAAAAAAGAUUACAAAAUUUUGAGCUAUUAGAUUCUAAAAGAAAUGGAAAUGGUCAUGCUAUACUACCCAAUGGUGUUGUUGAUCCAACGAGUGUUUUAGAUAGUAGUACAUUUGAAAAAUAUUUUAAGAAUAUAAAAAUAAAACCAGAUAAAUUUUUUGAAAAGGUUAUAAAAGAAGUAGAUGAUACUGAAGAAGAAAAAGAUUUAGAAAGUAUAUUACGUGGUGUAAUAGUUAGUCCUAUGAAAGUUUUAAAAAAAAAGGAUCCUUUUACUUCCUAUGCAGCUUUAGUAGUACCUCCAGUUGUUUCAAAAGAUUUACAUUUAAAAGUUGAAUGUAAUAAUACUGAAUAUAAAGAUGAAAAUCAGAAUAUAUUAGGAUAUAAUGGAAUAGUACAUAUAGACAUAUCAACUAGUGAUGAAAAGAUUAAAGGAUGUGAUUUUUCUACAGAUAAUAGUUCUAUAUUAACAACAAGUAUAGAAUUAGUAAAUGGUGAAACAAAAGAUUGUGAAAUAAAUAUAAAUAAUAAUGAAUUUUUUGGAAUAAUAUGUGAUAAUGAUACAAAUUUAGAUCCAGAAAAAUGUUUUAAUGAAAUAUAUGAUAAAGAUAAAAGUAAUGUAAAAAAAUUUCAUGAAUUAAUACCUAAUAUAGAUAUAUUUUCAUUACCUAAUUCUAAUAAGAAAAAAGUAGCAUAUGCUAAGAUACCGUUAGAUUAUAUUAAUAAGUUAUCAUUUUCUUGUUCAUGUAAAUCAUCACAUAAUAAUACAAUUGGAAAUAUGAAAGUAAUAUUAAAUAAAGAUGAAAAAGAAGAAGAUGAAUUUAAAACAAGUUUAAGUAUUAAACAUAAUAAUGUAAAUUUAUGUAACUUUUUUGAUAAUGCUGAAUUAACAUUUGAUAAUAAUAAAAUAAUUUUAUGUAAAAUAGAUGCAGAAUUAUUUUCAGAAGUAAUUAUACAAUUACCAUUAUUUGGAAAUAAUAAAAUAUUAGAAGGAGUUCAAAAUGAAGAAUAUAAGAAAUUUUCAUUAAAACCUUUAUUACCAAUUAAUGAAGAUGAUAAUGAUAUUAAAGUAAUAGGGAAAGAAAAAACUGAAGUGUCUAUCAAUUUAGCUUUAAAAGGUGUUUAUGGUAAUCGAACAUUUAAGUUUGAAAAAGAUGGAAAGAAAGGUGAAGGAAUUAGUUUUUUUAUACCUCCAACUAAAGUAGAUACAGAUUUAAAAUUUAUAAUUAAUGAAACUAUAGAUAAUUCAAAUAUUAAACAAAGAGGAUUAAUAUAUAUAUUUGUAAGAAAAAAUGUAAAAGAAAAUGCAUUUAAAUUAUGUGAUUUUACAACAGGUUCAACAUCAUUAAUGGAAUUAAAUAGUCAAAUGAAAGAAAAAAAAUGUAAUGUCAAAAUAAAAAAAGGAGAUAUUUUUGGUAUUAAAUGUCCUAAAGGAUUUGCUAUAUUUCCUCAAGCAUGUUUUAGUAAUGUAUUAUUAGAAUAUUAUAAAAGUGAUAAUACUGAUAGUGAAGAUAUUAAUUAUUAUAUUCAUAAAGAUAAAAAAUAUAAUUUAAAACCUAAAUAUGUUAUUGAAUUAAUGGAUGAAAAUUUUAGAGAAUUACAAAAUAUUCAACAAUAUACUGGUAUAUCAAAUAUUACAGAUAUGUUACAUUUUACAAAUUAUAAUCUAGGAAAUCUACCAUUAAAUUAUAAAAAUAAUUAUUCUACAGCAUAUGCUAAAGUACCAGAUACUUUUAAUUCUAUUAUUAACUUUUCUUGUAAUUGUUAUAAUCCAGAAAAACAUGUUUAUGGAACCAUGCAAGUUGAAUCAGAUAAUCGUAAUUUUGAUAAUAUUAAAAAAAAUGAAAAUAUCAAAAAAAAUGUUCUUUUACCAACUAUAGAAAAAUUUCCUCUACUAUUAGAUGAUGAACAACGAGAAAAAUUAAAAUUAAAAUUAAAAGAUACAAAUGAUAUGUUAAAUACAAAUAAUAUUAAUCAUACAAAUGAUAUUAAUAAUAUAUAUAUGUUAUAUAAUUCCAAUGAACAUAUUUGUGAUUAUCAAAAAAAUGAAUCACUCAUUUCAAAUAUAUCUAGUGAUACCCAAAAAAUACAAAAAAGUACAUGCAAAAUUAAUGCAAAGGCUUUAGAUGUUGUUACUAUUAAAUGUCCUCAUACCAAAAAUUUUACUCCUAAAGAUUUAUUAGAUAAUUCAGCAUUACAUUCUAAUGAUAAAAAAAUUGUUAUCACAUUUGAUAAAAAAAAUUUUGUUACUUAUAUAGAUCCUACAAAAAAAACAUUUUCUUUGAAAGAUAUAUAUAUACAAAGUUUUUAUGGUGUUACACUUGAUCAUCUUAAUAAAAUAAAAAAACUGCAACAAGAAUGGGAUGAUGAACAUUUAUUUUAUCCUCCUUAUAAUGUAUUACAUAAUGUUGUAGUUAAUAAUCAUAUAGUCAAAUUAUCAUCUGCAUUAGAAGGGGUUUUAUUUAUUAAAUCUAAAGUGACAGGAGAUGAAACAAGUACCAAAAAAAAUACUACAUUACCAACUGAUGGAGUAUCAAGUAUUUUAAUACCACCAUAUGUAAAAGAAGAUAUAACAUUUCAUAUUUUUUGUGGAAAAUCUACAACCAAAAAACCAAACAAAAAUAAUACAUCUUUGGCACUUAUACAUAUACAUAUAGCAUCAAAUAGAAAUAUUAUUCAUGGUUGUGAUUUUAUAUAUUUAGAAAAAAAUACAACUGUAGGUAGUACUCUUAAUAAUACAUCUCCUAUAUUUACAUAUAAUAAAAAUACAGAAAAUAAUUUAAUAUGUGAUAUAUCUUUAGUUCCACAAAAUAUUAUAGGUAUUAAUUGUCCUAAUAAAAAAAUGAAUCCAUCAACAUGUUUUGAUGAAGUUUAUUAUAUUAAAGAAGAAGAUGUACCACCAAAAAGUAUAACAGCAGAUAAAUAUAAUACAUUUACUAAAGAUAAAAUAACAAAUAUUUUAAAAAAUGCAAUCUCUAUUACAAAUCCAGAUGAAAAGGAUAAUACAUAUUCUUAUUUAAUAUUACCAGAAAAAUUUGAAGAAGAACUGAUUGAUAGUAAAAAAGUUUUAGCUUGUACAUGUGAUAAUAAAUAUAUAAUACAUAUGAAAAUAGAAAAAAAUACAAUAGAAAAAAUCAAAAAUGAUGAAAAAAAAACUAUUGGAAAAGAUAUAUGUAAAUAUGAUGUAACAACAAAAGUUGCAACUUGUGAUAUUAUAGAUGUAAUAGAUUCAUCAUCAAUAAAAGAACAUCAUACUGUAAAUUAUUCAGUUACAUUAUCUAGAUGGGAUAAACUUAUUAUUAAAUAUCCAACAAAUGAAAAAACUCAUUUUGAAAAAUUAUUUGUUAAUCCUUCGAAUUUAAAAGAUAAAGUUUUAUAUAACUAUACUAAUCCAAUAAAUAUAGAACAUAUAUUACCAGGAUCUAUUACAACAGAUUUAUAUGACACCAGAACAAAACUUAAACAAUAUAUAUUAAGAAUUCCACCAUAUGUUCAUAAAGAUAUACAUUUCUCAUUACAAUUUAAUAAUACUUUAAGUUCUACUAAACAAAAUCAAAAUGUUAUUUAUGGAAAUGUUGCUAAUAUUUUUAUUCAUAUCAAUCAAGGAUAUAAAGAAAUUCAUGGAUGUGAUUUUACAGGCAAAUAUUCUCAUUUAUUUACUUAUUCAAAAAAACCAUUACCUAAUGAUAAUGAUACUUGUAAUAUUACUAUUACAAAUAAUACAUUCUCAGGUUUUGCAUGCUUAAGUCAUUUCGAAUUAAAACCAGAUAACUGCUUUUCAUCUGUCUAUGAUAAUAAUGAAGCUAAUAAAGUUAAAAAACUAUUCGACCUAUCUACAAAUGUUGAAUUAGAUCAUAUCAAACAAAACAUAUCAGGAUUUACUCUUUCUUAUAUUAUUUUUAAAAAAGAAUCAAACAAACUAAAAUUCUCAUGCACAUGCUCAUCUCAUUAUUCAAAUUAUACUAUAAGAAUCACAUUUGAUCCUAAUUAUAUAACUCCAGAACCGCAAUCAAGAGCCAUCAUUAAAUAUGUAGAUCUAAAAGAUAAAAAUUUUGGAAAAUACUUAAGAAAGAAUUAA